AUGCCACCAGCACGACCAAGCACAUCUUCGGGGCCGAGUGAGAAGGCGUCCAUCCUUCUUGGACUCUCCGAGAAACCAAAUUUCGACAAGAGACUGUCCAAGGAUGACAUGUUCUUGGCCAGCAAGACAGCACCAAGGAGAGGUCUGAAGUGGCAUCACUUUGGAGUCAGGGGUGGCCUUCCCACACCAGAGUCGAGCCCAGGAAUACCUUCCUCCCCGAUGGCAACGUCUUCGGCGAUACCAACACGGAUGCACACCCCGGAGUCGCUGGCUUCUGGGGAGAUCCAGAUCGGAAUGGCUUUGGGAAGCCCAUCCCACCUCCCGGAUUCCUAUUCCGGCUGGCAGCCUCAACGGUCAUUCCAAGUUCCGGCGGGCCGACAGCCUCAAGCUCCUCCCUCACCAGAACUAAUGCCACCUGCGAGCGUACCAGCCGUUCAGAGACAGAAGACUCAGAAACGAAAGCUAUUCGGAAACCUGUUUGGAAGCAAGAAAACCGCGGACUCGGCAAAGGCCGGCAACAGCCCGGCUCCUGUGAUGACGUUUACCAUGCAGCAGCCGCCUGUCGGGGAGAGCAUCCCAGCGAGGAGUAAUACUGUCGGGGACCGGAGGCCAGUGAAACACAUGCCUAUUAUCAUUAGGUCUAAUACCGUAUCUGCUCCAGACAGCCCGCCUGAGGAGCCGACAACCUCAAGUAGCAGCCUGAAGCCAAAGCCAUCGCAAUUGACACCCUUCGAGAACCUUGGGGGCUAUUAUCCUGGGUCUAUCGGCACGACACCUUCAAUUACUGCUUCGGGUUUGGGGUCUCCUAGCCUGGAGUCUCCCAACCUGGAGUCUUCAAGCCAGGGGUAUUCGAGCCUGGGUGCUUCAAGUUCGGGCCCAUUCCUCGACGUCGAAAUCCCGAGCAUCAAGAUGGAGAGAUACAGUGUCAUGUUUGACAGCCUUCUCAAUCCGCAAGGGACCUCGUCUCUUCUUGCCAGACGGCAGGCAACAUUGGAAAAGUUGAAGACCAUCAACGAUAGGAUAGCACAAGAGGAGGAGGAGCGGCAGAGAUUGAGACAAAGAAGAGCAACCUCACCACAACCGGCGAAAUCACCAGGACUCAGCCUAUUUCCACACCAAGGGGCGCCACAUGGCGCCUCACCGCUCAGUCCUCGAAGACUCAUGCGGUCAAACACGUCUCCCGCCCUUCUACCCUCGCCCUCGCAGCCCAACUUUGAUCGUGAACACCACUACUCGCGGAGGGAUAGGAAGACGGUAACGAUCGUCUCUCCACGGACGAUGGAUCAUCGGAACCGGACCGGGACGCCGAGCCGCGAACACGAAAAUAUGCAAGCGCCAGCCCCAGAAAGGGGCUUCCGCUUGGGGCCCGACUCCUCGGGCCUGGUUCUGGACUCGCCCGAAAGCAUGGCCGCCCCCGCCGCCGGCAACACCCGCGACGCGCCCAACACCGAGGCCCUGGCCGACAUGUUGCCACUGAGGCACACCAUCGCGGAGCCGCAGUGGCAGAUGGUGUCGCCGCCGCCGUUGUCGAGCAGCGCCAGCAGCAGCGUGGCCACGUCGCGGCGGUCGCCGUCGUCGUCGGCCUCGUCGGUCCGCACGCACAUCACGCAACCCUCGGUCGACUUGGACGAGCCCGACGCGGCCCUCAAGACGGCCGUCGAGAUCAGCAUCGCCCGCCAGAUCAGCAUCAGCCGCCAGCAGCGCACCCUCCUGCAGCCCAUGAAGCCGACGGCCAUCGGUGGCCCCGCUGCGCCCGUUGCUGCCCCCACCGCCCCCGCCAUUCCUACUACUACCCCACCGCGAGGCCGCGCGAAUUCCCGCGGUACCGCAAGGUCCUACAUCCCGCGCGCGAACCCCAUCCGGAAGGUGACGCUGGAGCAGCACGAGCGCGUCGCCGAGACGAGGUUCGCGACGCCGAAGCUAGUCGCGCCGGGCGCGGGCGGGAUGGCGGGGAGCCACCUGGCGCAGCAUCGGAAGAGCGAGAGGGUCGUGCUCGAGGCGGCGUGA